AUGUCUUCCCCGAGCCAGGGAUCUUAUCAUCGUGUGGUAUCAUUGAGAGCCAGACGAGUAUGCAAUGAGUACGAAGCGAAAGCCGAAGUAUUCCAGAAGCGAACCACUCGAGCUGACGCCACUAAUUAUAUUGGCCCUAUAGAAAAUCCAUAUGAUUUUCAUAACUAUCUAUAG